GACUGGAACGCAGCUUCGGAGCUGACGGGAGCCGGACUUUCGCUCUUCCUGGCGGCAAAACCUUGAGGAAAUACUUUCUUUUCUAAAUAUUAAGAAAUUUGAGGAGAUGGGGCAGAACGACUAAGUCCCAUAUUUUCCUUUAGCCGGAAAACUGUCAAAAUCUGUGGAUAAAUUCAUGAGAUAAGGAAGAGGAUGGCGUCUAGAGUAAAUACCAGUUUCACUUUGAUUCCUAACCAGAAAUAUAGACGUAGUAAUCGUCGAUCCAGCUAUUUUUCUAACAACUUUGACUCAGAUUCUCAGCCCUUAUCAACACUUGGAAAUUUUAAAGCCUUGCCAGUGGAAAUAUUCCAAAUAAUUCUAAAAUAUUUGUCAGUGAAGGAUAUCAGCAUGCUAAGCAUGGUGUCCAAAACAGUCAGCCAGCACAUUAUUAAUUAUAUCUCAACCUCAUCAGGAAGCAAAAGACUUUUACUACAGGAUUUUCAUGACCCUGAGCUGCCUGACAGAGAAGACACCACUAUAUUGGAUCACUACAGAUCUCUAGGUCUACUAUUUAAAAGAUGUACAUUGCUGCUACCCACAAAGGACAGACUAAAGUACAUUCACAAGAUACUUGCAGAUGUUUCCUGUUUUAAAUUCAAUGGAUGUGCAUCUCCUUUGCAAUGUGUAGGAUUACUAUGUUAUGGCCUAUUUUUACAGACUUUAACAGCAGGUUGGGAUGAACUCGAGUGCCAUCGUGUUUAUAAUUUCUUAUGUGAGCUGACUAAUCUGUCCCGCAAGAUGCAGACAGCUGUCUGCAGCAAACCAGGAAGUGCCCGAAAACUGGAGUUAAGGAUCAGACUAUUCUGUAGGAACGUACUGCUUGAUCACUGGAUCCAUCAAAGUGAUUCUGCAUUUUGGUUGACAUGUAUAUUGAAACCGUGGCCAAUGGUGAAUCAGGCAAGAUUACUGUAUAUCAUCUUCGGGCCUAUAUCUCCUCAAGAUGGACAGGUGGUUUGGCAGAAAAUGAUAGAAGAACCUACAGAUGAAUCCUGUCUGAAAGGUUUGGCUGAUGCCAUUAAAUUACUAUAUGACACAGGCACCAAAGAAUGGACAGCAGAUGAUGUUAUCAGUCUUGUAGAUGAACUAUCAGUGGUUCCUCGUGAGUGGCUUCUAGAGAAUAGUGCACGUCUCCUAAUCCUAAGUGGGAACAACAUCUGUUUCACUUUCAUGGCUAGUAAAGCUGUGAAUGGACGCACCAUUGAGCUGGCAAGGCUGAUAGUCUUUUUGGCUUUGGUGUGUGAGAAAGAACUAUAUUGCAUGGAUUGGGCAGUUAAAAUGAUGCAAAGAGUCUGUAAAGUCUUUAGCACUCCAGUGGAAAGAAAUAACUUCCUGCAGAGUGUGGCAAAUGCAUUUGCAUGUGCUAUAAUGGAAAUGCUACAGUCAGUUAUGUCUGGAGAUGCUGAUGACGACGACAGAAGCUUUAUGAAUUUGUUUCAUCUUGUGCAGGCUCAGGCUAGCUUCCAUAAAGAGGACUUGAAACUGGAAGCAUGAAUGGUUCCAGCAAUCCAUGAGAGAAUGAGGUUUAUCUUCACUCAAGUAAAUGGAUUCCAAGAAGCUCCAGGACUAUUUCAGUUUGACUAGAAUCUGCAACCAUCAGUCUUACUAUUAAAAUAGAAAAAAUAGUGCCCAUUGAGCUGAAAUAAUGCUGGAGCCCUCCUGGAUCUCCCAUUUUCUUCUUGGGUUUGAUCACUUUACUUCUGCUGAAGAUACACCCUUUCCCACUGGACUUCUCAGAGACUGACUUUCUUUUCCUGAGCCCUUGACGUUUUAAAUCAUCUCUGGAGCUGAUGAAGGAAAGAAAAACUAGAAGAUAUGGAAAUCACCCACAGAAUUGGGAUAGAAACUGUGAGAAAUUCUCCAGUUUGACAAGAGGGUUAAGAGAUUUAAUAGGGUUGAGAAUGAGUGAAAAUUGUGGAGAAAAUAUGAAUUGUAACAAGAUUUUACUACACUUUAAUAGCAAAAAGACUUACCUUUAUUUUGAGGGGUCAGAAAUUAACUGCCUUUCUUUGAUGGAUUGUCCAGCUAAUUCCAUCAGUAGCAGGAAUUUUUUUCUUCAGAGUCUAGUAUUUGUAUAUUUAUGCACAAAGUUAUUUUUUUAUCCUGAUUUCAUUUUCUUCUCUUCAAUUUAAGGAUUUACCCACAACUAAAUUAUAAGGAUUAAAAGUUGUCAGAUACCAGAAUACAAAAAUAA